CUGUGCUAGACUCUAAUUGAUCGGUUUUAUUGUACCGGCCAUCGAUUUUGAGGUGUAAUAGGACUUAUUAAAAAAAAUAAGAAUCAAUGCUCCGCUGUAUGAGAAUCCACCUUUUUCCCGCACCAAGCACUCAGCCUAUCUUCAAUGUCUGAUUAAAGAUACCAGCGCACCAGAGGUGCCGGUAUUCGCUUCUUGACUCCCGAUUCUACAGAAGGCACCGAUCGCGCUGGAUAGUCACCCUUGAAGAGAAAGGAUGGGCAUCUGGGAAUCGCUCCGGUGGACGGCGGGUACCUUCUACGGCAGCUUACCGGAUCCUUCACCAGUGAAGGACUUUGGGUUGGGCGUCGUCCAAGCCACGGCGUCCUCGGUCUCGGCCGGGGCGUCCCGGGCGCGGGAUCUCCUCCACCGGGCCGCCGACAAGGCACACAGGGCAAAGCACCCGGGUUGGCAGUGGAUCGGACGGAUCGGAUUGGAUCUCAUCGAUCACACCCUCGCCCAGGUCACGAAACCCUACACCGGUGGGAUUCCGGUGUAUCGUAUCGUGAAAGAAGGGUGGACGAAGGGUCGAUCGGGGCCGGCGGCGCACGCUAAGGAGGAGGAGGAGCUGCAGGAGCUGCGGAACAAGAUCGCGAGAUUGGAGAUGGCGAUCGCAGACGGGGACCGACGGGGGCCUCACAGUCGCCGUCCGGAAUCGGCUUGUUGGUUGGUGGGGCUGCAGCCGCAUCAGAAGCCGGAGGAUGUGAUCAGGGUUUUCAUGAUGAAGGGAUUCAAGGGUGGAGAUUUCAUCGACGCCCAGGUGGUCCCACGUGCCGGAAACGCGAAAGCGACACCCUAUUAGCUUCAGUGUUACGCCCUUGUGCGUGUACUAUGCUGGAAAAUAUAUGUAUUUCCGGAGCUACGGACGGCGAUCUUUUUUAAGUUGGAAAAAUAUGUGUGAAAGGUUAGGCUAUGUUGACCAUGCUUGUAAAUGAUAUAGUUGAAUGCAAAUGUUAUGUUAUGUUGCAUUA